UUAGAGACAGUUUAAUGUGCCACGUUGGACUUGCCUGGUACUAGUAGAUCUGAAUGAUGAGCAAAUUCCUAUACACCAGCAACGGGGAAAACGGUAGAAGAAAAACCCAACUCACCUCUCUGCAGCAGGAGCCCGCACUCCGCCGCCGCGUGCGAUCCAAUGGAGGAGGUGGAGGCUGCCGUGACGGCGCACCUGGACCAGGUGUCGGGCCUCGUCCGGGCGCUCUCCUCCGAGCUCCGCAGCGGGAUCGGGCCCGCCGCCGACAGCCUCCUCGCCUUCGUCCGCGCCGUCGACUGGACGGAGCCAUGGCUGGUGUGCUUGAUGGCAUUCCACGCGACCCUGCUGCUGACGGCCGUCGGGUUGAGGAGGAAUGCCAACUUGCAGUUCUUCUUCUUGUUUCUUGCUUAUUCAGGAGUGUAUCUCGCUGAGAAGAUAAACAUCUACCUAGCAGAGCACUGGAAGAGCUUCGCCAACCGGAAUUACUUUGACCGUUCUGGAGUUUUCAUCUCUGUUGUCUGGUCUGGCCCCCUUAUCUUCAUAUCUAUCGUCACUGUGGUUAGCUCUCUCAUGACAUUAUGUCAGUUAAUGGUGAAAUGGAAGAGAGCGGAACUAAGGCAUCGGGCCCGUCUUGCUGGUGACAAACAGGAAUGAUGCAAUAUCCUAUUGUGUAAGAGAGAAACUGGAAUGUUGAAUUGUUGAUCUUCAUCAGUGUUUGGAUCUCAGAAGGAUGCACAAUAACCAAGUACUGUAAAUGUUUGAUCUACCAUCAGCAUAUCAUGUAAUCUUCAGCUGGACUUUCUUAGUAGUAGUAUAUCUAUAUUAUUCUUGGGGUCAUCAAACUCCGGUAACAAGUAGGUAUACUACUAGACCAGAAAAGAAGAUGUUGUGUCUGACUCCAUCUCGUUUUAUUUGUAGCUGACUAGAGGAUGUAAUCUUGUUUGGUAUUGGAUAUGAAUAUUUGCAGAACAUAUCGAUACAAGUUUCCUUUCUUGUGCAA